GAAUUUUCUUAUGGUAGGCCACACGCAUGAAGAUGUCGAUGCAGUAUUCAGCCAGUUCAGCCACCGGCUGGAUCGAAAAGACGCAAAGACGCUGGAUGAGCUGGAGACUGUGCUGAAGGACAGCUUCCAUCCGGCGCCAAAGGUGGACAACUUUUUGGUGAUGUGGGACAUCAAAAACUGGCUGAAGCCUUAUUUGGCCCCGAUUGAAGGCCAUUCCAAGCCUCAUAUGUACAGGUUUACUAAAGAUAGGAGCGAACGCGCCAACAUGCAGUACAAGAUGUGGUCAACCGACACUGUGUGGCGACCAUCCGCAACGGACCCGGAUCUCCAACUGUUCAAAGAAGUUGAUGGCGAGCAGCAAAUACCAACUGGACAGCCAGCCUUUGUGGAGCCACACUUCGAGGAAGAAGACCUUAAGAAGUUAAAGUCAUCAAUCGAGAAAAUGAGGGACCAUCUCAACUACCAGCAGUGGCAGUGGUGGCAGACAUUUUUAGAUAACCCAAAAGCCAUCCACCACACCUCCACCACACCUCCAUCCUGGUUUCUCGACAACCUCCGUCCAUUUCAACCUUUGCCACCUGUUCCACUAACAUCAGAUGAAGGGCAGAGGACAGCACUGCAGAGGCUGCUAAACAAGGAGCUCAACUGUCCUCCUGUGAGUCAUCACAUUACUGUUAUAUCUUUAUUUAUCCUCAUAUAUUUAUCUAUAUAUCUGUAUGCACAAUAUUUCAAAUACACUGUAGCACCCCAGUGAAGCAAUCACCUCAUAUCACUAUCCUCUACCUAAAUAGCAGAUGAACAUGACAUGAUGUUGAUACUUUUUGUGAAGCAAAAAUUGUUCAGAGAACCUUCUUUGCCAAUAGGUCAUUUAA